AUGAGGCAGGACGAUGCGCAGACGUCGGGAGCCCAACCCUUCUUCCACCAGGACACCAAGGCCGUGGCCUUGCGUCUGCUGUCCGCCCUCCGUCGUCCGUCCCAGAGGCAGACAUCCGUGAAGAAGUACACGGUGACGACGACAACAACAACGACGACGGCGACACCCCAGAAGCCGGUGAACCUGCCCUCGCCGCAAAUACCCAAGGAUGCGUGGGACUCCCACAUGCAUGUCAUCGACAACAGAUACCCCCUGGCCCCGGACGCUGCGUACCGGCCCAACACGUUCACCGUUCACGACGCCCAGCGAUUCGAAGCUGGCGUCGGCAUACGCAACAUUGUCCUCGUGCAGCCCUCCAUCUACGGCCACGAUAACAGUUGCAUGCUCGAUGCCCUCCAGGCCCUCGGCUCGCACCGGGCCCGGGCCGUCGUCGCGUUCGACCCCGAGACAACCUCCCACGAGCAGCUCCUCGCCUGGCACGAGAUGGGCGUCCGGGGCGUCCGUCUCAACAUCUGCUCGUACGGCAAGCAGGUGGAGCCGGGUGACAUUGAGCGUCUGCUCAGGCAGUACGCGGACGCCGUGCGCCCGUUGAACUGGGUUGUGCAGGUCUACAUCCCCAUGGCCCUCAUCUCGCAGCUCGAGCCCAUUGUGCCCACGCUCAACGUGCGGUUCUGCAUAGACCACCUCGGCCAGCCGGACCUCGACGACGCCACCACCUGUGAUCCCUACCAGAUCCCGGGCUUCGCGUCGCUGGCGAGGCUUCUGCAGGGCGGCCACGUCUUCGUCAAGCUGUCUGCCCCAUACAGGCUGAGCAGGCUCGACGACCAGCGCGACCUCGAGCCCGUGGCCAAGGAGGUCAUCCGGCUGGGCGGGAAAAGUCGCGUGGUGUUUGCCACAGAUUGGCCCCACACGCGGUACGAAGGUCUCGACAUUAGACCGUGGAUAGAAAAGGUGAUCAAGUGGUGCGGUAACGAUGGCGUGCUGGUGGAUAGGCUGUUCAGGGGCAACGCGGAGGAUUUGUGGAGCGUAACGAGACACGUGUAA